AUGAAGGCAGAGAAGGAUGAAACGUGCCCUGUCCAUCGAAGUGUCCCUGUUGGUGUUUCUAGGGGAGCCCGCUGUCUCCUGGAAGCGGCUUGUGACUGGCAGAUGGAAAGGGCUGUCCGGGGUCCUGGAAACCGAGACAGGAGUUCCCAGCUCGGCCAGCACAUUUUUAAGGUGACUCAGCUGCCAGCAGAUCCACGCAGAGGAACCGUCUUAGUGCUGAGAGCUGGUGGCUCCUUGUUUGCAUCCUUCACCUUCCUCAUGAAGUUCACCCUCCCCCUCAGCCCUGCCAGGAUGGCCCUGCGGUCUCUCAUCGUCAUGGGCAUCCUGAACGGCCCCUCACUGCAGAAGCCCCUGGCUGCUGAGGACGACAGCGGGGGGCACCACGGGAACACGGGCCUGAUCCAAUGCGGGGAGUACAGCAACCAGGUCCUGCCCGAUGGCCGGUGUAAGAUCGUCGCCACCUUGCCGCAGAUGGAUGAGCAGAGGUGCCCGGAUAUGUUCCGCUGCACGGACGAGGUCUCCUACUGGCUCCACGAGAAUGAGGAGCGCAAGCAGCAGAUCCUGGAGCUGCGGGAGCUGAUCUCCGAGCUGCAGGAGGAGCUGAGGAACCACCGGCAUCGCAUCAAAGUCCUAGAGCUGCAGCAUGAGGAGAAGAACAGCCGGAAUUCCACGGUGGAGCAGCGGGUCCAGGAGCUGGAGCAGCAUUACAACGAGGCCAGCACGCUGCAGCACAUCCAAGCCACGCUGCUCUACGACAUGCAGGCCCAGAUCCACAACAUCUCCCUGCUGACCGAGUGGGUCCGGCGCAACCCCGGCUGCCUCGUUCCUGCCGAGAUGAGGUCGCAGCAGGAGAUGCACCAUCCAGACGUGAAGCACGCAAAGAACUGCCCGAUAGACUGUGCUUCCAUUUACUACAACGGGAUCCGGCGGUCUGGGGUCUACAGCAUUAUGCCCUCUGUUGGUGGGAUGCCAAUAGAAGUGCUGUGUGAGAUGGACACGGAAGGUGGAGGUUGGACCGUCAUCCAGCGGCGGCAGGACGGCUCGGUCAACUUCACCCGGACGUGGAAUGAGUACAAAGACGGCUUUGGGGAUUUAAACAGCGAGUUCUGGCUGGGUAACGAGAACAUUCACAAGGUGACGAACCAAGGGGACUACUCGCUCCGCAUUGAUUUGGAAGACUGGAACAACAAGCACAAGCACGCCUUCUACCAGAUCUUCAGCAUUGAGGAUGAGGCAAAUGAUUACCGCCUGCAUGUGGAUGGCUUCAGUGGGACAGUGGAGGAUUCGUUUGCCUGGUACCACAACAAGAGGAGUUUCAGCACGCCCGACACGGGGAACAUCUGUGCCGAGAUCUCCCACGGAGGCUGGUGGUAUCAUCAGUGCUUCUUCUCCAACCUCAAUGGAGUGUACUACAAGGGGGGCAGAUACUCCACAAAAAACCGCAAGAUCCUGGGGCCAGACGGCAUUGUGUGGUACACGUGGAAAGACACUGAUUACUACUCCCUGAAGAAAGUCACCAUGAUGAUCCGUCCACGCACCUUCCGACCCCAUCUCUCCCCAUGA